AUGGAAAUGCCGCGAGGGCUGUCUCUGGCCUCUCGAACUCUUUGCAGAUCAACAACCUCUUCGUUCCUUGCCCCUUUCACGACCACGCCACGAACAGGAUGUCGAUCCUUCUCUUCCGUCCCCAUACUUUUCGCUCCUCGACAAGGUGGCGGGUCCAAAGACAAGGCUGCUAAGGAGAAGGCCAAAAGGAGAAAGAAGAAGCAUCAAAUGUACAAGCAGUACGAUCUGAAGGAAAUGGAACAGUUCACACUCUGUGAAGCGAUGCGCUAUAUCAAGGCCUUUGAAGUUGGGCACGAUGCCGACAUUCCGAAAUACGACAUUCAUAUCAAACUCCGAACGAGGAAGGAUGGGCCCGUCGUCAGAAACCAGAUUCAGCUACCCCAUGCCGUCAAAACGGACAUCAGAGUUGCCGUCAUCUGCCCUCCCGAUUCUCCUGCUGCAAAACAGGCACGAGCAGCAGGUGCAGCCUUGGUAGGCGAGGAAGAGAUCUUUGCGAGAAUUAAGGAAGGAAAGAUCGAUUUCGACAGAUGCUUAGCUGUUUCUACAUCUCUCCCGAAACUGAACAAGGAGGGCCUGGCAAGGAUUUUGGGCCCCCGAGGUUUAAUGCCCAGUGUCAAGCUCGGCACGGUUGUAGAUAACCCGGGUCAGGCAGUCAAGAACAUGCUGGGUGGGAGCGUGUACAGAGAACGUCAGGGUGUUGUUCGGAUGGCUGUUGGCCGGCUCAACUUCACCCCGGAGCAGCUAAGGGACAAUGUCAAAGCCUAUGUGAAUGCGGUCAAGAAGGAUUCCGCUGCUCUGAGCGAUCAGAUUGUCAAACAGAUCUCCGAAGUGGUCUUGAGCUCGACGAAUUCUCCCGGCUUUUCACUCAGCGGCGACUUCUACAGAGCAGAACCAGGGGCGCCGACUCCGCGUGAACUGGCUGUGGCAUGA